AUGACAGAAGCUCCAGAACUCAACUCCACCUUCUGGCACCCAAACUUCUUCCUACUUACUGGUAUUCCAGGGCUACGAGGUGCCCAGGCCUGGCUGACACUGGUCUUUGGUCCCAUGUAUCUGCUGUCCCUGCUGGGUAAUGGAGCACUAUUGGCCAUGGUGCAGAUAGAGACAAUGCUGCACCAACCCAUGUUUCUACUCCUGGCCACAUUGGCAGCCACUGACCUGGGCUUAGCCACAUCUAUAGCCCCGGGGUUGCUGGCUGUGCUGUGGCUAGGACCCCAGCCUGUGCCAUACACUACCUGUCUGGUCCAGAUGUUCUUCGUACACGCACUGACUGCCAUGGAAUCAGAUGUACUGUUGGCUGUGGCCUGUGACCGUGCUGUGGCAGUAGGACGUCCACUGCACUACCCUGUCCUAGUCACCAAAGCCCGUGUGGGAUAUGGAGCCCGGGCACUAGCACUGAAAGCUGUGGCUAUUGUUGUGCCUUCCUCUCUGCUGGUAGCACGAUUUAGGCACUUCCGAGCCAAGACUAUAGGCCAUGCUUACUGUGCACACAUGGCAGUGGUAGAGCUGGUAGUGGGUGACACACAGGCCAACAACUUGUACGGGCUGGCACUUUCACUGGCUGUGUCUGGUGUGGAUAUUCUGGGCAUCACUGGCUCCUAUGGGCUUAUUGCCCAUGCUGUGCUGCGGCUGCCUACCCGGGAGGCCAGGGCCAAAGCCUUUGGUACGUGCAGUUCCCACAUCUGUGUCAUUCUGGCCUUCUAUGUACCUGGGCUCUUCUCCUACCUCACACACCGCUUUGGUCGUCACACUGUCCCAAAGCCUACACACAUUGUUCUCUCCAAAAUCUACUUGCUGCUACCACCUGCACUCAACUCCCUCAUCUACGGGGCCUGCACCAAGCAGAUUAGGGACCAGCUCCUAGAAUCUUUCACAUUCAAAAAAAGUUAUUUCUGA